AUGGUUUUAGUAACACCAGUGCUGUUGCUGCUGCUGUCUUUGGUAUCACUGCAAGCUGUCGCAGAGAUUUGCCGCGGGACGCACUGCUACGGCGCGGAAACCGGCGAUCCAAGACCGUGCACCGGAGCGCACUGUCCGGGGAGCAGAUCCUCCAGAACGCCGCGGCAGUUUAACCCGACAACGCAGGGGAGAGCGGCGCAUAUAGUGGCCAGCCAACACCAUGCGUACCCGAGCUCUCCAAGAGCAGCAUCGGAAGCCUAUCCGGCUGUCCAGACACUUCGCGUGCGGCACAGUGACAGCGGCACACGUAUAAAAGCGCCUGAAGUUUUACCUGCACGAUGCACCGAUGCGGACUGCGCCGCUCUUGUGAAACAACUUCAACCCACUAAUGACACCCAAGAAUGUAGAGGGAUCGAGUGCAGACUGCCACUGAGGAUACGGCCAAAAGCUCGAGCAAAGUCUUGUGUGGGAGAGGGGUGUAGUUCAGAGGAGAGCCAGCCUGUCCAUCUGUCCGACAGAGCCGCACAGUUUCUGGGAGAUUUUCCGGAACUUGGAUAUCCGUCAUCGGAACUUGGCGGCGCGCCUUUGGGUGUCCAGCUCACAUGUGACAUCAAGCCAGGGGAGAAUGAAGUUCCCUCAGAAGAUGCCCUCAUCUUGCACCUCCAGCUGGCAAAGGGGCAGGAGAAGCUGGUGGAGGCCCUGCGAGGCCAGCAGAUGGUCAUCCGCGACCUGCAGCAGAAGCUCGCCGACCAACAGGAGGCGCUACUGUCCCAGCAGAGGGAGAUCCUGGACCAGCAGCGGCGCAUGUAUGAGCAGAUGGAUGUGGUAAAGGCCCAGUACGGCCUCCUCUCAGACACUGUCAAACAGGUUUCCUUCCAGGGUCUGCAGGCUGAGCUGCAGAGCUACUUUGAGAGCCACCUGGCGAGAGGAGUUUUGUGA